GUUCAUAAACUCUCUCUCUCAUUACGCAGACAGAAGAAGAAUAAAAAAGGAUUUGAGACAAUCCUAAUUUUUUUACUGGUUUGUUUUUUUUUAGAACAAGCAAAAAAGAGAAGCGAGUUGCUUUUGACCACCAGCUUUAUUUGUGUUUUGUCUUAAAAAAGAUCCAGAUUUGGCUAGGGUUCUUUCUUGCAAUUUCAUCUGGAUUCUAGCCAGUUCCUCUUUUCAAAAAAUUUAAUCUUUCUCUUUUUUCUGCUUUCCCCUAUUUUUAUCUUCGCAUUAUCUGCUCUGAAGCCUGAAGGGUUGUGAAAAAAAGAGAAGAUUUUGUUCUUUGGUAAGUUCUGAAUUCGUCUUUUGAUUUGAAGCUCUGCCUUUUGUGGGUUUGUGUUGGAUCAAUCGACGCAAAAAAAAAAGUGAUGCUUUGGAAGAUAUGAUCUUAUCUAUAUCUCUGGUUAUAAUUAUUACUGGGUUUCGAGUUUGUGCUUAAGAUGUUAACUGUGAGAGAAGGUCUUCAGAAACAAGUUAAGAUUUUGAUUGGAUUAGCGAAUUUAGGGUUUGGGAGUUAUAGGGGAUUGCACUCUAGGUUUACUAACCCUAACGGGUUUCUCGAACCUGCGAGCUCUGAUUUGCUUUUGAUUAACGAAAGGAGGAACCUUUCUGUCGUUGGUGCUGUUUCUCGAACUUUCUCUGUUCCUUCUGUAUCUGGUCCAGCCUUUCAGGUCUGUGGUUAUCACAUUGAUCUUUUGCUUUCGGACCCUAGUUCGUUAGCUCAGGGUAAAUCAAUGGCUAGUUUAGGUUCUAAAUCCUUGUUUGCGGAUCGUCAUUCUGAUCUUCUUGUUUCGAAGCGUUUUGGUGUUGGUAUGGUAUGUGGAGACGGUCCUAACCGUGGAAGAAUCAGUAUGAGACUCAGAGGGAAAGAUCACUCGGAGAAGUCUACAAUAUAUGCGUAUUUUGCUUAUAGAGGUGCCAAGAGAUGGAUAUACAUGAACCACCAAAGAAAAGGAUUGGGAUUUAGAGGCUUGCAUAGCUCACUAUCUAAUCGUUUAUCAGCUGGGAAUGCUCCUGAUGUCUCGCUUGAUAACUCUGUCACUGAGGAAGAGGUUAGAGAUUCUUCUGAUUCUGUAGCGGCUAAGCUUUGUACUAAGCCUCUGAAGCUUGUCUCGGGGUCGUGUUAUCUACCGCAUCCUGAUAAAGAGGCGACUGGGGGAGAGGAUGCUCACUUUAUCUGUGCAGAGGAGCAAGCAUUGGGUGUGGCAGAUGGUGUGGGAGGUUGGGCAGAGCUUGGUAUUGAUGCAGGUUUCUACUCUAGGGAGCUUAUGUCUAACUCAGUGAAUGCAAUCCAAGACGAGCCUAAAGGGUCGAUUGAUCCAGCAAGAGUGUUGGAAAAGGCUCACACUAGCACAAAGUCACUAGGGUCUUCAACAGCUUGCAUCAUAGCGUUAACCAACCAGGGACUUAAUGCAAUCAACUUAGGAGACAGCGGGUUCAUGGUAGUUCGUGAAGGGCACACGGUUUUCCGUUCACCGGUUCAACAGCAUGACUUCAACUUCACCUAUCAGCUGGAGAGUGGAAGAAACGGCGAUUUGCCAAGCUCGGGUCAGGUUUUUACUUUUGCUGUGGCUCCGGGAGACGUCAUAAUAGCUGGAACAGAUGGGUUGUUCGACAACCUGUACAACAACGAGAUCACAGCCAUAGUGGUUCAUGCUGUGAGAGCCAACAUAGAUCCUCAGGUAACAGCACAGAAGAUUGCAGCAUUGGCGCGACAAAGAGCACAGGACAAAAACAGACAAACUCCAUUCUCGACGGCAGCACAAGAUGCUGGCUUUAGAUACUACGGAGGUAAGCUUGACGACAUUACAGUUGUUGUCUCUUAUGUGGCGGCUUCGAAAGAAGAAGGACAACGUUGAUGAAGAGACAAUUAGAGAGAUGUGUGAUGAUGUAUUGAGUUUUCAAGGUUUGUGUUUUGCAGAGACCUCUCUUGUUUUGUUUGGUGGUGGUUUGUGAGCAUUCUCCUCUGAUUAUAUUUGAUUUUUUAUAUAUGUAAAUAAAAGAGAAAGAGUCCUUGAGUUGGAUUAGUCCUUGAUUCACA